AUGAAGCGGCUGAGCAAGGGCUUCUCGGGCCUGGCCCGAAGGACCCGCUCUGCUGGCGUGGUGCCCUUGUGCCCCGCCUCCUGGGCUGGGCUAUCGGCAUCACGAACAGCUCGCUUCUUUGCAGGACAGGCUGCCGCCUCCGGAGCAGAUGAGACGCCGAUGGCAUCCCACCACACGCCGCAGCAGCCAGAGUAUUUGUUCCGACAUCUCGAUCUCAAAUGGAUGAAGGAGCAUGCGGAUGAAUUGGCGACCAGCAUCCGGGCACGCAAGAUCGAGGGUGCAGACAUCCACCGAACCGUUGCCCUCCACGACCGAUUCGUGCGCCUCGAUUUCGAGAUCCAGCAGAUGCGCGCUCAGCGGAAUCGAGUGACAGAUGAGCUCAAGCAGCUCAAGAAGAAGAUGAACAACAAGAGUCUGAAGGGUGGAGAUGGCAAUGAUGCAGACGUGGAGCGGCUCGUUGCCCAGGGCAAGGAGCUCAGAGAGCAGCUCCACGCCGCCGAGAAGGAGGUCAAGGAGGUCGAGGCCGAGCUCUACCGCGAGGCCAAGCGCAUACCCAACGUGUGCCACCCGGCCGUGCCCCACGGCAGCGAGGACCAGGCCCGCGUCGUGUGCCACGGCGGACCCGCCAAGAAGCAGCACGCCGCUGACUUUGGCUUCGAACCCGUCGACCACGUCACCCUCUGCCAACGCCUCGAUCUCGCCAACUUCGAGGCAGGGUCGCGGGUGGCGGGCAACAACUUUGUAUUCUUCCGGAACGAGGCGGCGCUGAUGGAGCUGGCCCUGGUGCAGUGGGUGAUGGGCAAGGCCGCCGCCCGGGGCUUCACCCCCGUGCUCACCCCCGACGUCGUGCGCCCCGUCACCGCCGAGGGCUGCGGCUUCCAGCCCCGCGGCACCGGCACCCAGACCUACAGCAUUGAGGGGAGUGACUUGUGCUUGGUCGCCACGUCGGAGCUGGCGCUGGCGGGCUACUACCAGAUGUGCGCGCUCCCGCCUGAGUCCCUGCCCGUGCGCAUGGUCGCCUUCUCGCACUGCUUCCGCGCUGAGGCCGGCGGGACGGGUCUGCGUGAUCGAGGGCUGUACCGGCUGCACCAGUUCUCCAAGGUGGAGCUCUUUGCGCUGACCGCCCCCGAACAGUCCGACGACGUGCUCGAGUCCAUCGUCCAGCUCCAGCAGGAGAUCUUCACCGAGCUGGGUCUGCACUACCGGGUGUUGGACAUGCCGACGGAGGAGCUGGGCGCGCCGGCCUACCGCAAGUACGACAUCGAGGCGUGGAUGCCGGGGCGCGGGUCCUACGGCGAGGUCUCCUCGGCCUCCAACUGCACCGACUACCAGUCCCGCCGCCUCAACAUCUGCUACCCCAAGGACGAUCCGAGCGGUCGUCGGCGCGACUUUGUGCACACGGUGAACGGAACGGGGUGUGCGGUGCCGCGCACGAUCCUGGCCAUUCUGGAGAACCACCAGACGGCCGACGGGACGGUGAAGGUGCCGCGGCCGCUGGUGCCCUUCAUGCACGGCAUCGACACCAUCCGACCCAAGACCAACCCGGCCCCCGCCCCGCAGCUCCAACACAACGUCGGCCACUUCUACUUCCACCCAAUGCAAUGA